AGGACCCCCUACUUUUAUGAACCGAAAGUCAAAGUAUCCGACCACCAGCUCCCUGUAAUACGAUGUAAAUGUAAUAUGGCUCUUUCUAGAGCUAGAGGUCUGCAGCCUUUUAUAUAUAUGUUUACAGCUGCCACUGUAGAAUGAUAUCCGCUCGCCGGCUCCUGAUUUACAUUUUGCUGACGAGGUACCUCGUCUUCUUUAGUUUCCGGCUUUUAGACUUCGGAAUGUGGAUAAUGGACGAACACGAACAGCACAACACGAAUCAGGCACAGAGGCACGGAGAUGUAGUUGGUGGACGAUCACCCACUACCUCUAACCCCGCACUCUUUUUCGAUCCGACACUGUUUCUCGGCGAAACUCUAUUAUGAUCGCGAAGGUCAAUGAGCAAGCGGCAAGAGUAGAAGUGGUCGUCGUCCCAGGCUUUAUUUAUCUCCGCCGGGUCUCAGAAGCUAAAACGUCGUGGGUAGGCGUGGCCUUCUCCAAGAAAUCUAACCCAAAAGCUGCUUGAGCUUGUUCGUUCACGAUGGGCGUACACGGAUUGUGGGACCUACUGUCCCCUGCAGGUACGACCUGCGACCUGAAGAGCCUGCGCCACCAAACCGUCGCCGUGGACGCGUCCAUCUGGAUGUUCCACUUCGUGAAGGCCAUCCGCGACCAGGAGGGCAACAUGGUAGACGGUGCGCACAUUCUCGGUUUCUUCCGCCGCAUCGUGCGGUUGUUGCACCUCGGAAUCAAGCCCAUCUUCGUAUUCGACGGACCGCCCCCAGAGGUGAAGAAGCGCACCUUGAACCAACGGCGCCUGCAACGGGAGCAAGGGGGCUUGAAUCUGCAGAAGGUCACGGAAAAGUUGUUCCGCAACCUCCUGCGCGAGGAAGUGUUACGCCAAGAAGAGGAAAUCAAAAGCAGUGCGGAAGACGGGGACGGCGAUGUGGACGGUGAUGCGCGAAAGGGAAGAGAAGGAGGUGAAAACGACAAAAGAUCUGGAAGAACUGGAGAUGGUGCCGCCCCGAGUUCAUCUGGGGUUACUGCUGGGACAGGGACAAAACAACUUCUACUGCCUUCUGCCACCCAAGGUGACGGCGCAGAGUCUUCUUCGUCUGAGAAUUCGUCUUCGGUCGAGGACGAGGAAGACGACCUGUUGGCAGAUGACCUCAGCCCGGCGACGAAAAAGAGAAACGCGAAGGCCGCACGCAAUGCGCAGAAGAAAAAGGAACGGCAGGAAAGAAGCAACAAACUCUUGGCACUCGAAAGCAGCAAGAAAAAGAAGCCCAGCGGAAACAACGGCAACGCGUCGAUGAACGGCCUCGGUUCCGCAUCCAGUAGCGCCACUACUGCGACCGGGAAAUCGGGUUCUUCAAGAACGACCACAGGCGCCGCGGCAGGUACAGCUAGACAAAGGCAGCAGCAGAACUUCAAUGCGAAACGGGACGACCGCGAGCUUCUUAUCGCUGAGGAUGACCAUGACAGCCAGGACGAAAUGAACUUCGGGGAGUCGUUUGACUCGAAAUUAAACCGCCAACAAGGUGGAAAGAGUCACUCGGAAAAUAUGCACGAGGACGACGACGAGGAGGAGGAGGACCUGGAGCUCGAGCAGGUGUCCGACCUCGCGUGGGAGCGCCGGAAAAAGCAGCGCGGGUACGGACUUGGCGUGUCCGUCGGUCAGGCAAACCUGUCCUACACGUCGAGUGUCAAGAACGGUGGUAAUAACGGUUCCUCAUCGUCCGCAGCGCAGCCCCAAUCUUCACACGACGUCCAAAUUUCGGACGAACAGCUGAAAAAGUACCUGUUGAAAAUGCCGCAAAAUGUGGUUCAGCACCAACAGGGGGACAGCAAAGGGUACGAAAUCGAGGGCCCGGACGGGAAGAAGCGCCUGGUAACCCUGCCGCUCGGCACGCUGAUCGACCCGGAAGUCUUCGACAAGCUUGACCCGAUGAAACGGUACGAAACGCUGACGAAUUUGAUCGAUGCCUGGAUGACGGAAACCCGGGUGAAAGCCAUGGAGUGCCGCCACGCGCGGGAAGCCUUUUCGAACGUGCAGCUGGAAACUUUUUACCGCCACAUCCGGACCAACAAACUACUCGAAGAGACAAAACUUGAGCUUGCGAAAGCGCGCGCCGCGGGAGGCUCCAGUAGUUCUUCAGCAAAGCACGGAGCCGGGCUUUCGAGCAGCGCGGCUUCCAGCGGUUUGACACUGAGUGGUAGCGCAGCAGCUCCUGGACUCUUGGGGGAGAGCACGGGUAUUACUAGCCAGCACGCGGGGGAAACCACGGGGGAAAAUGCCGGCAACCUGGCCAGUUGGCUGAAGCUUCGCCCGAUUGCGGCAGGGUUUGCAUCCACACUCCGGGGUGGCGGAAAGGGGUCGAAAGGAAAAGGAAAGAUGAAGGGCGGUGGCGGAAAAGCCGAGGCAUCUUCUCCGAAUCAGAACAAAAAAAAGAAUUUCUUUUGGCGAAACGAUCCGCGCGAGCAGCAAGGUGUGAAUUCGAAAGCUGGCGGACCAGCAGCGUCAGGCUCAGGGAAGAAGGGAAAAGGAAAGGAAAAGGGAGGGAAAAAAGGAGCUGCCGACCUAGAUUUGGAGCUGGACAUAGAAGACAUGAGGAUGGAGAAUGCGAACCAUGCAAGUUCUGCUUCCGCCAGUACCGCAGCAAAGACCCAAACAGGGGAGCAAGCAGUUACGAACGCAAAAAACAACAAGCGAAACAAGUACCAGCAGGCGGUCUGCUACGGUCAGGACGAGACCUCUACCAUGACUUUUUCCAGUAUGAAUGUUUCGCAAAUGCUUCGUCUGGACGAUGCUACGACGGCGGACGUGUCGACGCCAACUGCAGGACACCACAUAAGCAGCUCGAUGAAGCGCCGAAGGCUGGAGUCCGGCUCCGCUGCAAGUACGGACGCGUUUUUUCACGGUAGUGCGACGGCUUUGUCCUCUAGCAUGUGGAACGACACGCUUUUUGAGCAGGACGAGGACGAGAGCAGCGAUGGAAAUGAUCAUCACAAACGAAGGAAAGUCUCGUCUUUGAAGAAGGACCACUCAUCGAAAAAUGAGGAGGACAUCCACGACGACGCUCUUCUGGGUGCGGACCUGGAUCUUUGGGACGAGCAAGAUCAGGUGGAUCAAAAGCGUAGAAGGAGCAGUGGCUCUUCGGAUGCGUCGCGGCGGCGGGCCUCUUUGCAUCAGAAAGUAGAAAAUGUCAUCCUUGAGGAAGACGACCCACUCUUCGGCGCGUUUUUUGACGAAGACGAAACGGGACCGGCGAGGAAAAGCCAGGCUUCAGUUGAUGUGGAAGACGAUGAAAAUUUCGUGGAGCUGCCGGCACAUGCAGGUGGUGGCGUCGAAGAGAACGCAUCGCGGGAUCCUCUUCUACCAGACAGACUAGUGUCUCAGCAAGAAAAUGCCACGAUGGAGAGCUGCCGCCUCGAGUCGUCACCUUCGAAGAAUGAGUUUCCAGAAGAAGGAGAAGAUGGACCCUUGCAAUCGCAAGCAGACGCCGGAAGGACGAGGCACGCACGCUCAAGUAGCAGCAUGUCGUUGUCGGCUUUUGUCAUUCUGGGCAAGAUUGAAGAAGAUAAAGAUAUCGACGGGAACAAUCCGGAAAAGGAAAUGAAUAGUGAGCUGAACAACAAGAACAAGUUUGGCGAACAGCCGAACAAUGCGGAAGGAGUAAAGGCCGUCGAUGACCAGAGCAUAAACGAAAUAGUGAUGGAGAAAAAUACGGACGAGGGAGCUCCCGCACAGGGACUUGGACAGAAAGACUUCUCGCCCGCACAGUUUUCAGUUCCCGGGGACCUUUUCGAAAAAAAUCAAAAGCUUCAGGUGGAGGAGAAAGUGCAAACUCAGCUUCAGGUGGAAAACGACAUAAACGUGGACGAAAAUUAUGCAGUUGAGCAGCCGGAGAAAAAGCAAAAGGAAUUGAUCGCUGCACCGGACGCAGCAAGUGAAAGCGCCGUAAAGCACGCGAACGAAGCAGCCGAAAACAAGAUCAAAGACGGCGAUGCAAAUGUAACCACUAGCACAUCUACUGGCACAGCAACGGCAGAAAAUCAGCCCAGUUCUUCUACGGCUGCUCAAGUAGCGGAAAAUCAGAAUACUUCCCAACUCUCGUUGAACAAGUCGCAGUUUUCCAUCUCGAACGCGGUUGCGACGUCCACGAGUCAAUUCGUGUCCGCAGGGUCUUCGCAAUUUUCAGCCUUCAAGGUGUUUGAUCCUUCCCAAUUCGCAGCUGCAGGUACCUCAACGAGUACGGGAUUCGGCAGCUUUGGCACAGGAGGUUUUGGCGCAAAUACAACAACAGCCUCAAGUAGCUUCUCUUUCGGCAAGUUCCCAGCCUUCGGCACAGGUUUUGGAGCUAGUGCAGCACAGCAUACUUCGAGCAACCAAAACUCCGCUGCAGGAGGGAAUCAUGCAGCUGCAGAUCCCGGAACAACAACAAAUGACGGGAAAAACAUCAAAACAGCGAAGGAGCUGGAAAAUCUGGAGGCCGCGGUGGAUGAAGUUUUCGGAAAAGCGAGCGGCCCGGGCGUAAACGCGGACAACUUGGUUUCGGAUCUGCGCGCGGAGCUCCACAAAGCCAAACGGGACGAGGAGUUUAUCAGUCAGGACAUGUAUGACGACAUCAAAAAGCUCCUUUACGCCUUCGGCGUGCCCUACGUGGAAGCGCCCUCGGAGGCGGAGGCUCAGUGCGCGUUUCUGGUGGAAUCCAAGCUGGCACAGUGCGUUGUUUCGGACGACAGCGACGUGGUGGUGUUCUCCGCAAAAUCCGGGUCCACCCGGGUCUACCGCCACCUGUUCAGCAGCAAGGGCGACGCCGAGAAGUACACCAGCUUCAACAUUUCACAGCAUUUGGGUCUGGCCUACGACGACCUGAUCGCAUUGGCCAUGCUGCUCGGCUGCGACUACACCGUCGGCGUGAAGGGCAUCGGGAUCGUGAACGCACUGGAGAUUUUGCAGGCCUUCGGGGCGAAGAGGUUCGUGGAGGAGCAGACAGCGUCGAAUCAGAACGGUGGCGCGCUGCAGGUGGCUUCAUCUUCAAGCGCCUCUACUUCAGGUAUAAUCCCCGAAGUCGAUCAACAUCUUCAAACUGCCGCGGGGACUUCGUCGUCCUCAGGCGUAGCUUUUGACUGGCUGACCGAGCUGCGUCACUUGAAAGAAUGGGCCCAGGACGUCGCAAAUUUCGACAACAAGGAGUAUUUCGAUGCGGCGAAGAUUCCCGCAGAUUUCCACAAGAAGCACCGCGCGCUGCGACCGUACUGGGUGUUUCCGCCGGAUUUUCCUUCAGUCGAGGUCUGGAACGCGUUUCAGCACCCGGUGGUGGAUCACAGCAAGGAGAAAUUCGUCUGGGGCGGUGUGGAUGUCGACCGGAUCACGACCAUCGUGGGGCGCUACAUGACCGAUGCGUUAGUCUUGCGGACGCUGGACAUCACGCGCUUGAACGAGAUGCAGCAGCAACGCCGGCAGGAGGACUACCUGAAGGAAUUCUUCACGUUUGAAGACGAACAGCCCAUCGCCAUGGUCCGCAGCAAGCGCUUGCAACUCGCGAUCCGCAGGAUGCGCAAGGCCAACGGGGACGACGUGGAAGAGGUGGAAGCAGCUCCUGCUACGCAAGGCGAGGUGGAGUUUUUGGAGGACGACUCUGGAAAUCAUAAGCGGCAAGGCACUGCUGCAGGAUCAUCGGUCGCGGGCGGACCAGGAACGGCAGCAAACAAUCCCGGUGGAAAAGAGGACGUGUUUGCGCUACUGCAAAAAACUACCAGCUCGGAUCUCGCCAUAGCAGCUUCCAAGAAGAACAAAAAAGCAAAGGCGGUCGGCGCGAAGCAAAAAGCAAAAGGGAAAGCGAAAGGCAAGGCAAAAGCGAGUUCAGGGGGCGUGGUCGCAGACACACUGCUUAUUGAUCUAGAUAGUGAGGGCGAGGAAGAAGAACUAGUGAGGUCUUCGCCCCGCCCUGAGGCCGUCCCCGAACCGCAACAAGAAAAUACCGUUCCGCUGAACAUCAAUCAAGAAAGUGAGAGCGGAAACGGCAAUGAAGCUGCUUCGAGGUCCGCGGCGCCGAAGCAGAGCGCGAAAGCGAAGAGCAAGGCCAAGUCGAAAGCUAGAGCGAAAGCGAAAGCGUCUGGUGCUCCGGAACCAAGUUCGCAAAAUGGGGAAGCGCGGUCAACUGGUUCCGCUAAACAGAAUGUCACGGAGGAUUGUUCCAAAGCCAACGCAGGAAUACCGAAGCCGAUUUUUCCUCCGAGGAAGAAACCACCAGCGCAAAAGAAAAAGUGACUAAGUAACAUCUCCCUGCAUGGCUGACGUGCGCCGUGGCGAAGGCAAUCACGCCCACGAAAACCCAGCUUAUUGACUCUAAUAGCAAUACCAAUCGUAAUCAUACGGAUACGAACUUUCCUUUAGGCCUACACAGUCACCAACACCAGCGACAGCACAAUAAAUUUCUGGAAAAUGCUCUCGAGCACUAGUUCGAAGCCGAAGCGCAAU